CCCAUUUGUUCUCGGCUGCCAUGUCACGCUCGGAGAUUUCCCCACAGUCCCUGAAGGCAGCAGGACGCGUCCGGUCAGCGCGCGCCGCAGCCGUUAGUAGUAAAAGCCAUGUAAAGAUGGCGGAGCUACAGAUGCUGCUGGAGGAGGAAAUUCCUGCGGGACGGAGAGCGUUGCUGGACAGCUUCGCCAACCUGGAGAGAGUGGCGGAGUACUGCGAAAGCAACUAUGUCCAGUCUGCAGACAAGCAGCGAGCGCUGGAGGAGACGAAGAGCUACACCACUCAGUCUCUGGCCAGCGUCGCCUACCUCAUCAACACGCUGGCCAACAACGUGCUGCAGAUGCUGGACAUCCAGGCCUCGCAACUCCGCCGCAUGGAGAGCUCCGUCAACCACAUUUCACAGACUGUCGACAUUCACAAAGAGAAGGUGGCGAGGCGGGAGAUUGGCAUCUUGACCACCAACAAGAACACGUCCCGCUCACAUAAAAUUGUUGCUCCAGCCAAUCCGGAGAGACCGGUGCGCUACAUCAGGAAGCCCAUCGACUACAGCGUGCUGGAUGACAUUGGACAUGGAGUCAAGUGGUUGUUGAGGUUCAAGGUAAAUGGCCAGCAGAACAUGAAAUUAGGAGGGGGUCUGUCCCGGACCAACCCCCCCACCCAGAAACCGCCCAGCCCUCCGAGGGCAGGCAAGGGCAUCUUAGGGAAGAACUCCCCCUACAGGACCUUGGAGCCGGUGCGCCCCCCAGUGGUGCCCAAUGAUUAUGUCUCCAGCCCCACCAGAAACAAUAUGGCCACCGGACAGCUUCCCAGUCCGGCCCGCACUGCCACCCUCAACCAUCGACCCCGAACAUACAGUGGUAGCAGUGGAGGCAGUUAUCCCAGCAGCAGCAGUCGGAGCAGCAGCAGGGAAAACAGCGGCAGCGGCUGCGUGGGACUUCCCAUCGCUGUUCCGACACCCUCCCCACCCUCCACCUUCCCAGGUCCUAUUGUCCCUCAGUUCUACAGUAUGAACCGGCCUCAGCCACGACAGCAGGCUCCACAGGUGGGGGGGUCACUGCCUUAUCGCCGCCCUCCCUCCGUGACCGGUCAGCCGAUUGUAACACAGAACCAGGUCAACGGUGGUCCCUACUACAACGAAAGCCCAGCCUCCCCACCACCCCCCUCCCUCCUCCAGUUCUCCCCCCAACUUCCUCUGAUGGGUUUUGUUGCUCGAGUUCAGGAGUCCAUUUCAGAUGCCCCUGCUCCCCCUCAGCCAGCGGCCGAGAGCCAGUCAGGGCCCAAGGAGCCCCUGCCUACUCCUCAGCCAUUUGAAGACGGACAUGAAGAGGAGGACUCAGCAGUAGUGGAGUACAAUGACCCGUACGCUGAAGAAGACCCACCGUGGGCCCCCAGAAACUACCUGGAGAAAGUGGUGGCCAUCUACGACUACAUGGCCGACAAGGAGGACGAGUUGUCGUUCCAGGAAGGAGCGAUCAUCUACGUCAUCAAGAAGAACGAGGACGGCUGGUUUGAAGGGGUGAUGAACGCGACCACCGGCCUCUUCCCCGGGAACUACGUCGAGUCCAUCAUGCACUAUGCCGACUGAGGGAAAAGAGGGAGAGUGUUUUUGUUGUCUUCUUAGUUCAGUCGCUCCUCUGCUGCAGAUCAGUUUGUUGGAUCUGAACUAGAAGGGGAAAACUGACUCGCCUCCAUUUUUGUUUGCGGUUCCUUUAAGUCCACACCAACCAAUCACGAGCAAAUCGGAGCUUGUGAACAAAAAUCAUCGGUUCACUAAUAUUUUAUUGUGAGUAUAUGACAGAAUCUGAUUCUAGCUCCUGUAAGUGACUGUGACUUUAGUUCUGCCGUCUGAGCUCCGUCCCUCUCUUUCUGCCCUGCAGUUCCCCUGUUAGAGGACUGAGAGGCAUUUUCAGGCGUCUUAAUGUUGUCACCUGACAGAUGCGUUUGGUGUGAAUUUAGCGAACGUUUCUUAGAUGGAAGGCUAAUAAAGAUGUUUUUAAAUUUA